AUGACGGCACAAAUCUUGGCGGCUGAAUUAGGCAACCUCAUCCAGGACGCAAAGCGCAAGAACACCGAGCUUCGGAAUGCUGCAGAGAUAGCCUUGAAGGACUUGAAGUCGCUCUCUAAUACCUCCGAGGCCCAACUCUCAGCCGACCAUGAUAUUCAGUUGAAGAUACUGCAAGCACUACCCUCUCUACUCCAAAACUACCCUGCCGAAAUACGCGGCGAGCCACUUUCUGCCGUUCUGCAGAUAUGCUCAGGUCUUCAGAAUGCAAAGAACUUCGCUGUCAGUAACACGGCGGCAGCGACAUUGCAGCAGCUUGUCAUCGUUGUCUUCGAUAGAGUCACAUCUGAAGAUGAGAAAGCACUGGAAAUUCCCAGUGUAACUGAGGUGAAAGGCGACAACGAUAAAAUAUCCGUUAGACCAGCAGCGAAUGAUGCUUACAAGAUGUUCACCGACCUCAUCUCUCUCGUUGUAGGAGAAAAGCCGGUCCAUAUGCGAUUUUCUCCGCUGCCACCGUCUUCGACGCUGGAACUUAUCGAAGCGAUAUUGUCGAACCACAACGAGAUCAUGACAAAGCAUCCCGAGCAGGUCUAUAUCAUGCGUAACCAACUGAUGCCAUUGAUCAUCCGAUCACUGUCGGAUCGUCUAUCAUUUGCCGUAACUGUACGCAUCAUCAGAAUACUACAUCUGAUCAUUCGAUACCACCUCGAUACUCUUCCUUCGGAAUGCGAGAUUGCACUUGGUCUCCUAAAUCACAUGCUUGAUCCUGAGGCUUCACAGGCGUGGAAACGGGCCCUUUGCCUAGAGGUAUUUCGCAGUAUCUAUGCCGAUUCUCGACUUCUUUUGGCCAUCUAUGCCCUCUUUGACGCAAAAAGCGAGAAGAAAAACAUCUUUGGGGAUAAUUUGGCAGCCUUUGUUCGUCUUGCAACCGAGAAACCUGCUAUUAUUGGCCUUGGCCAACAAUCAACAGCUGCCACUGGUUUCGAAGAAGGUAGAACCGCUAUGUCGGAUUACGCAGUUGCCGAGGCGGGAGCUCUAGCUGGUGUCAUAGGCGGUGCGGCAAGCGACAACGGCAACAAUGCUCGUCAAUUUGGGAUCAGUACGCAGUGGAGUUCGCUGAAAACUCCAUGCAUUGAACAUCUUGACAAGACUGACGCUCCUGCCCUGCCCGACACUUAUAUCUAUAGUCUGGUAUUGACAUGCAUCACCAAUAUCUCCGAGAGUCUGGCAAAAUUCGUGCUCCCCUUGACAGUACAUCACGAGAAACGCAACCAGAGGAAAAGGACCGAAGAUUUGAACGAACCCGAAGCAGCUACUGCAACGUUGGAUCAGGCCACCAGUCGACUUUCGAGAACCCAGUCUUUUCGCAAGAAGUCUAUACCUGUCAAUCCUCUUGAUCUGGUUGAUCAUCCAGCGCACGCCUAUGUGCUAACGUCAACAAGCUUGGUUACGGAAUGCUGGCCCGCAGUUCUUGCAACCUGCUCGACAUUCCUCAAUGCUACUCUCGAUACCGAUUAUUAUCGUGCGUUAGUUCGAGCCAUCCAAAAGUUUACUCAGGUUGCCGGACUUCUUAGACUCUCGACACCACGGGAUGCAUUUCUCACUACCAUGGGCAAAGCAGCAGUUCCAUCUAACUUAUUGCUAGCGAAUGUGUCGUCUAUGGCAUCCAGCGCAGGCGAAAAGACUAGUGUCUUCUCGAAUGCGAAAGGAAUGCUGAGCGUGGACAGUUUUGUGAGCCAGGCGACUUCCAUGUCAACGGAAAAGAACCGCCACCCUUCGUAUGAUGCGUUGGUGCCUGCCUUGGGCCCUCGGAACUUGCUGUGUAUACGAGCUCUUCUCAAUCUAGCGAUCGCACUAGGGCCAACGCUUCAAUCGGCUUGGUCCAUCAUCUUUGAGACGCUUCAAGUUGCCGACUUGGUCAUGGCGCUGUCAAGCCAGGCCAGUGGUCGCGCAUCAGCGCCUGGAAGUCGUAUGGAUGCGGACGCCAACGCAGAAAAGUUGGAGGCAGAGACUUCAGCUGUUCAAAGCGCUGCUCGUAGACUGUUUGAGAGUACCGUUGACUUCCCUAACGAGUCCUUUUGCGAGGUAUUACAGGCUCUGUGCUCACUUUUAAAUGGCGCACCGUCUUCAGAAAGUGGAUCAAGGACGCCGACUACUUCCGGUCGUCCGCAAAUAUUGCACCAGCGGCGUCUUGGUAGCGUCUCAGGCAUUUCAACGAACUCGGACUCAAAUGCUCGCGAUUCGGCGUUCGCACUUAACAAGAUCGGAGAGCUUGCAACCUUGAAUGAAGCCAGGCUAUCUCAAUACGACCCUGCGGAAAGUGGUUGGGACAUUCUGGUCAGAGAAGUCAUACACUUUUCCACGGAUGAUCAAAAAGGUACGCCUACAAGGCUGCUGGCAGCCGAUAUUCUAGCAAGGACAGUCAAGGACAUUGCAGAAAUCUCCAUGUCCGAUGAAAAUCGCGAAGAUAUUCAGGCCCGCAUACUGGCUGCACUGCAGAAACAAAUUGCUGAUGUGCAUCACAACAAUCGGCAUGGUGAAGACACUGUCAGUGAAACUGACAUCAGGGUCCACCAGAUAGCCCUCGAGGCUCUAAAGAGUGUAAUUGAGCAAUGUGGCGAAUCAUUAGUCGCCGGUUGGACCUCAGUUAUUGGGAGUCUUAUAAGCGUAUUCGCGCCUCCAUUACCCUUCGUACAGGAGAAACCCGGCGAUAUCGAACCCUCAGAAGCCACCAAGCACUCCAACACAAAACAGGACGUCAUAUCACGGUCUCUGGCUCGGUCCGCUUUUGCAACAACAAACCUUAUCUGUUCGGAUUUCAUGACUGCCGUCCCAGAUGCCUGCCUCUCGACACUCCUGGAAUUGUUGCGCAGAUUCUGUUCUCAACGAGAGGAUUUGAACAUGUCGCUGACUGCGAUCACGUUCUUCUGGAAUGUCUCGGACUACAUACAAUCCCGGACUGAUCUUUCGUCACUUCCGCGAGUUCUCGAUGAAGCUGUCGACCAGAACGCUAUCAGAAUCGCCGUGUCAAUGCAGUCACAACAAGGGGAUACUUCGGCAUUAUGGCUUCAAGUUUUGCUGAAUCUGUCUUCUAUAACAAUCGAUGAACGAGUUGAGGUGCGGAAUUCGGCGAUUCAAACGAUUCAGAGGAUAUUCGAAAACUGCUCUGACCAGCUGUCAUCGAAUGCAUGGCUGCUAUGCCUGCGCACUAUCCUUUUUGGUAUGGUGGAAGCUAAUUUGAACGUCCAACGGGAUAUCCGGAGCCAACCACCACGCAAAGGUCUUCGUAAGGACUGGGGAGAAACCACAAAGGUCGUUCUUCAGACUGUAGGCGUUCUCAAUACGACGUAUAUGGAGAAACUUGAAGUAUCUCAGCUUGGAGACGCAUGGUCUGAACUCCUUGACCUUCUUCAACGAUACUUCGUCUACCGCUCGCACACCCUGGGGGCUUCCGUAUUUACCACUAUAACGGGAGUCCUCUCACAUACAGAAAGUUCCCAUGUAUGGAGUACGGAACCGCUUCUCAAGACUGCCAUGGUAUGGAAAAGCUACUUUACCUCUCCUGAUGCAUGGAGAGACACAGACAAAGAAGACAAUCAGGAUGCAUUUGUUGCAUACGCAGAGGCUUUCAAAGCCAUCUACCGCCUGGCAGAUCGACCGCUUGUUCAGGAUUUGCCAUCGAUGCUCGCAAAUCUUGAAGCCUGCAUUGUCAACUCAGAUGAAGUAGCCUACUCCUCUGAUCUGGACAGCAUGACCACAUUACAGAGUCGGGUAAUGGAGUGCCUAUCGAUGGUCAAAACUCAAGAUACCGAGAUACCGCCCUACCUGAUACGCUUGUUGGGACGAUUCAUAACACUACCAUACACAUCGGUUGAGGACUUCCCAGAUAAGCGCAGUCCAACGUUCGUCGCUCUCUCCAAGGCAUCAAUGACGCUUCUACAAGAGAUUACAGUUAAGCAUGUCAACGAUGAAAAUAUAUACAGCAGCAAUGCCAUGUCGUUCGCAUUGAUGAGCCUUGCAAGGCCGAUACAGGAGAAGUACUCGUGGCAACGCGAAGGCAGAGCACCUACUCUAUGGCAAAAAGCCACAAGGACCGCUAUAGCUAUCAUGAUACCUACUUUACCACUUAUUAGGUCGCACAAGGAAACCUGGGCCACUAUAGUGGAGAUUGCUCAGUACAUGACGCGAGCGCACUUCCCACGCGAUGUGCCGGCCUCUCUUGAAAAAGAUGAGCAGUUCGACGUGGAUUCAUUUACGCAACUCCGUGACCUUAUCACUCUACCCCUCGGCUCUGGUUUACUUCCAGAUAUCUUCCGACGCACUUACACCCGCAAUCUGUUUUCGACAUCACUGGCUCACAGUCCUCUGCCAGGGGAACUAAUUGAUGUUAGCAGUUCUCCCCUCGAUGAACUCUACAAUAUACGCUUAGGGCAGACUGCUGAGCUAGAGUGUUCGUCUCGACCAUCCAUGGGCUUUACCUGUCUUUCUGAGCUGUUCCGUCUGGUUGCGGUACAAGACAGUAGUGCCGAACGCGUCAAGCUGGCUCAAGCAGCAGCCCCGUACCUCAUUCUUCGAUGUGCUCUCCCGUUGAAGACUUACAUCGCGGACCAUCCUUUGCGGGGACGUAUGCCAGCACCGGAGUCACAGAGACGCGAGCUGCUCUUUGUAUUGAGCGAACUGGAGAAGCUAGAGAGCGAGCCACAGGCUAUACCCGAUGCCCCAGGGUUAAAGCAACAAGAGUAG